GGUGAACAUGAUCGAUUACCUUAACGAGUUCGUGAAGACACGUGUGGCAGACACUCGCAAUGAUUGCACUUUUGUCUGGACCACCGGCGAAUGAAACUGGGAUCCCAAACGUGACAUGUAUUGGAAAUUGUCGGGGAACAAAAGGACGGAGGUUUGGGACUUCCUUUUCCAACCCGGACCGCCUGCGCAGACCGACCUCGAAUACAGUCGACGGAGAAACCUGGUGUUCGGUGUGCUGAAUGGGUACCACGAUGCACCCAGGGAGUCUGUCUUGCAUUUCUUGAGAAGGCUGGAGCACGUUCACUUCUUGAUGGCCGAACCGCUCACCCUCGAAAACUACAAGGCGCAGUUUAACGAGGAGGACCCUUUCGACGCUGAAGACACGGAGGAGCUGAGCGACUCUGAAACCUUCGAUUUCGAGUCCAUGCCACUUCCUCGGGUGGUUGGACAGGCGAGAGAUGCUCUGGUGGAGCAGUUGAGUCUUAUGAACCACAAAAGGAGCGAUCCGGACGUCGCUGCGUAUGCAGAACAAAAGCUAAAUGAGUUGUACGCCAACAACAUGUUGGAGUUUCGAGCGCCUUUCUACACACUCGAAACGGCACCAUCUCGUGGCAUUGACUGGCGCAUGCCGUCGGGCGGUCAGCAUCCGGGAAGGGGUGGAGGGGGAGAUGAAGGAGACGGUGGAGGUGGCGGAGGAGACGGCUCACAAUUUGCCGGAAAGGGGACGAGCGAAACAUCGUCGGGAGAGAAGGCGUCCGGCGGAAAGGGGUCAGGCGGAAAGGACUCGGGUGGAAAGGGGUCGGGCGGGAAGGGGUCGGGCGGAAAGCGUAGAACGUCCGGGAGUCCCCAGUAUAUGGAAACUGACCCCCACUGCGUAGGGAGUCGAGAUUCCGAGAUGCGAGACUUGGACACAGGGUUCCCCUGCUCACCUCCGUUCUCAUAUGUUGAGACUCGAGACUGGCGGUCUCGCGACGUGCUGGAGGGGUCCGCUGCAAGAGUGUUGGAGAUCGGGGGUGGCGAGUACGAACGUCAUGCUUCGGAGGGUGUGCCAGUCGACGUUGACAUCAAGAGUGCAGCGGCUCCUGAGGAACAGGAGAGCUCUCCGAGAACGCGUGUUGUACAGCGGGAAGAGGAGAGUCAACGCUGGCAGUCUCGCAAAGUGUUGGAGACCGGGGGUAGCGAGUGUGAACGUCAUGCUUUGGAGGGUGCGUCUGUGGACACUAACAGCGAGAGUGCAGGAGCUCCGGGGGAAACCCAUGCUCUACAGCGGGAAGAGGAGACUCAACACUGGCCGGCUCGCGAAGACGUGAAGGGGCUCGAUGGAGGAGCGCUGGUGAUCGGGACGUCCGAAGAGGUUCUGCACAGUCGUUCGGUUGUGGCCACGACGAGAGAGGGUGUCGUUAAGGGAGGUCAGUGGACGUUUGUGCAAACUCCCGUUCUUGGCGACAAUGAAGGCGAAGAAGAACCCGCGGUGGAAGCUCGGGUUCAUGGCGAUGAGAAAGGCGGAGAACCCGUGGUGGACGGCGGUGAGGUGACGGUCGGCAUCCAGACGAAUCCACAGCGGAAAGAUGAUGAUUCUUCGUCCACCCGUUGCGGUGAAGAACAGGGUGGUCGAGCAUCUGUCCUCAGUACCGGUCGGGGAAUGGUGCUUCAUGAAGCCAUCGAGUUGCGUAACGACUCGGCUGCCACCGAGCUGGUUAGCGACUCAAGCGUGGCCGAGGUGCAGAACGACGAAUCCUCCGUAGAAGGCGGUGAGGUGACCGUCAGCAUCAAGAUGGAUCCAGAGCGGAAAGAUCAUGAUUCUCCGUCCACCCGUUGAGGUGCAGAACAGGGUGAUCGAGCGUCUGUCCUUAGUACCGGUCGUGAAAUGGUGCUUCAUGAAGCCAUCGACUUGCCUAGCGACUCA